AUGGACAAGGUUGCUGGGAUGAAGCCCAUGAAGUCACUGCUUGAAAUGGGUGGUGGGCGUCUCCAAAUACCGAAACCUCUGACGGACCCAGAAAAUGAAAAGGAGCUGUGCAAAGAGCGCGUCUUGUCUAUGUACCAUAUCAGCGGUGUCUGUGCGAUGAUGCCGCUGGAAGAUGGCGGUGAUGUAGAUUCUCGCUUGAAGGUGUGGGGCUUGGCUAAUACCCGUGUUGUCGAUGCAAGUAUCUUUCCCUUCGAGCCGAGGGCGAAUAUCCUAGCGACUGUGUUUGCGGUUGCUGAGAAGGCGGCAGGUAUCAUCAACCAGGACCUGAACUAG